CCAGCUUUUCAUCUAAACUCUCGAGGGUCCGCUCCGUCAAACUAUCUGCCUUUGCCCAUCGACAACAACAACAACAACAACAACAACGCUCACCGUCACCGAACCCGCCGCCAUCAUCCUCCACGCCAUCACAGCAGCCCACCGUCCCCAUUCGCUCGACAACGCCGACAUCAACGCCGUCGUCCAAUAAUGAACGCCGCUCCCUACCUCGCAGUCGCACCGUCAGUGGCCGAGGCCUGACCCAUCAAAGCUUUGGCGACACCCUACGAGCCAUGUCCAAGGAAGCACAGAGCGGUGAGUUUGCCGACGUCUUUGGCUCCUUCUUUUUCAGCGACAAACGAUGUCAGAACCGUGCCUUCUUCAUGGCUGCACGGCUGAAGCAAACCUUACAGCCCAUCCUUGCAUCAUCAUCAUUAUCAUCACCGCACACAACACCGGACCCUCUCUGGGAACUCGUGACGCAUCGCCUGUACACGCUCAAUUAUAUCUUGUUUGUGUUGCCAUCGACAUGCGAUAUUCGAAACCACUUCUUGGCAGUUUUAGAGCAACAGCUUGCACAGAUUGGCGAUGGACAGCAUGUAUUGCGACGAGGUGGUAUGGAAGUCCAUUUCAGUCUACGAUACGUUUUGAAAAAGUAUUAUCGACGUAGUCGCGACAGCAACAACAACAACAACAACGACGACGACGAUGACAUUGAAGAUAUCGUAGAACGGGCACGUGAAAUCAUUGAACAUUGUUUGGAAAGUGAGUCGAAACUGGGCCAUGCCGAACGGGAUGCAAUGUACGUGUUCCAUGGAUUGCGAAUGGGGUUGCACGGAUCACUUGAGCCGCGUAUCGAACUGGAUGACGAGUAUUGGGAAUUGGCACAGCGAUUAGCGAUUGCCGUCAAGCAAAACAAGGAAUCAACACAGCCGGCUUAUGUCAAUCCUUUCGAGGAUGAUGAUGCCGUUGUCACUGACGACAAUGAUGGCAUGCCGCCCACGACGACGACGGCAGCUUCUUCACGAGAAGUAGAUAGCGGGUUUUACGAUCACUAUGUGCCACCAGCACGGUCGGGAGCAGCAGCAUCGUCAUAGAGUGAUAGCUUUUCUAUAUUAUAUAUAAAAAAAAAGAAUUUCUUACUCUUCUUUCUCAUACACCACUUCACACACACACACACACUCUAUAUAUAUUUUGCACUUUUACAACAACACUCCACGCACUACUACACCCUCGCACACCGGACACGACAAAACAACCAACACACGCUGUCUGUUUCCGAAAACAAUAAAAUUAAUAAACCUUGUUGAUGUAGAUAGAUAUAGCACGUACGUACCGUCCCACGCACAGAUCCGUCUUUAGAUUAUGCCAGUAUCGGUAGCACUAGUGUCCAGUGAUGGCAGCUGUUGCUGGCUGGCGUAUAUUAUAUGCUGGGUUGCGACGAGCCAGGGGCAAAGCGACUGCAAGGACGGGAAGGUCUAGUCUGGCGGGCAAAAAAUAAUGCUGAAACACAUGACACGUUUUUUUUUUCUUUUGGUCUCUCUCUCUCUCUCUCUCUUUCACUUUCACUUUAGCAAAUAGUC